AUGGAUAAUCACCAAAAGAGGAAUCUAACUUUUCUCACCAUUGGACUGAUUUUUGUGCUGAGCGGUGUUGAGUACGGUAAGUUUCUAAUGACAGUUUUAUGGACCUGAAGACAUGAUAUAAUGGCCUCAUUAGAGCAGAAUCUUCCUGAGCACACAUCACAGAAGAGGCGACCUCUAGUUUAAUUGAAAUCUGUUUUGCUGUUGUUAAACGAGCCUUAUCAGUUACGCAUCUUCCUCCCUUUCCUCCUCACUCAUCCUCCCUCUACUCGCUCUGCUGCGCUCAGCUGUCAUCCUGCCGACGAUAUGGAGGUAUCUACAGAUCCUGGAAGCCCCGCCGUACUUCUUGGGUCUGGGUCUGUCAGCCUUCAGUCUGAGUGGGCUGCUCACAGGCCCACUGUUUGGGUUCUGGUCAGACCGGAGCCAAAAUAUAAAGUUCAUCAUCCUUUUCUCUAAUCUUUUUGAGAUCGCUGGUGAGUUAUGUGAGCACAAGACAAAUCACAUGAUGGAGAAAGUCAAAUUCUGCAUAAACAACUGUUGUAUUAAACUCAAACUGUUGUUCAUAUUUAGGCAAAAAAAUCCUUAAAUCCUUUUCUCUUCACAGGAAAAUCUGUGUCAUUGAAUUGAAAAUAUCUCAAAAAGAAUUUUAAUUUCUUCUUACUCGCUAAAUUUUGGAUGUGCUUCAACUGAAGUAGUCGUUUAUUCUAAAAUUACUCAUUAAAAGAGGUGAGAAACAUCUUGAAAGUCAACAUAAACAUUGAUUUUAAGUGACAAGUCUUCACUUUGAGCAUCUUAUUAGUCUUCAGGGUAAUUUUGUGACCUCUUUAGGGUGUUUUUAUCUUUAGGUUUGUAACCAGAACCAGACAUUUGGCUAACUACACAAAAUGAUUUAAUAGCGGUGUAUUAAGUUGAGGCAAUAACUGACCAUUUCCAGUCAUGCUACAUACUAUCUAAAGAUAGAGAGAGGUUCAGCUCUCUGUGAGAAACUGUUUAAACAAAUGGUUCAACAAUUUCAGGAUAACAGUGAGUAAAAUGUCAAAAAGUAAGUGGAUAUGAUCAAAUACAGCGCAUUUGAUCAUUCUUACAAAGUUUCUGACUUCCAACAGUGAAAAGUGUCAUUUAUUGUGAAUAUCUAGUGUAGAAAAUGUAAAAACAGGACUGAUUGUUGAGCUGCUGACACCUACCCCGCUUGAACAAGUUUAAAGUAGUUAAAAUUACAAUUUUAAAAUGUCCAUCUUGUCGCUGAUGGUCUUGUUUUUUUAGACAGCAUAAAAAGGCAUCAGUAUGAAUUUCAGUCUGUUUCACAAACCUCAAAAAAACUCCUAACAGAAGCUUCAAGAGGUAACCCUAACAUACAGCUAACUACAGAGACAAUGCUAACUUGAGAUGUUGACCACCCUAAUUUAGCAUUUUACAGGCCUAAUGUUAACUUAGUGAUAAAACACUGAACAGAAGGGCCGGUGAAGAAGUUUGUGAGGUCUUUAUUUAUUGUAAGAAGAAUAUUUAAUACUUUUGGAGUUCAGGAUUUUCACAAGUUUGUGUUUACCUCCUACAGUUUGACAAUGUGUCUAUUUUAGAGAUCUCUUCAAACAAGUCUGUUGCUGCAAGGUCAGAUACGACACAACAGGAUAGCUGUUGUUUCCACUGCUAACUCCAGCUGUUACCAUAACAACAUAUAGGCUACCGCUAGUGCUCAACUUGUAAUAUUUCUCUGACUAUUAUAACUGCUACGACUUAGGCUACAGUAGCUAAAGCUAAAUUUCAGCAGCUAAUAUGUUGAUGCUAACAAGAUGCUAAUAAGAAGUAGAUACAACAUUUACUCAACCGUUUUUUUACCAUCUUAGUCUCGCUGGUAAGAAUGAUAAUACCUGUGAUUGAAAGAACAGAUGAUUUUAAUUUCCAUCUCUUUGCUUUAUUGCUUUAUAUUUAGAUAUUUUAGCUGAACUGAUGCAGAUCUAUCAAAUAUUGUGGAUUGUCUUUGUUCAGUUAUGAUUAUCACUUUUAUCCAUCCUCAGGUAACUUCAUGUAUUUUAUUGGGUAUUCGAAGUGGCUGUUGUUAUGCAGUCGGCUUAUAGCAGGUGAGACAAACACACAAACUCUCACACAUGUCAUGAAUAAGACACAGUUUGCUGUUUAUGUAUGAGUCUGCGAGUGCUGUUUGAAGGUGUAACAGAAAGCUGCUCCUCUCCUCUCAGGUGUCGGUGCAGGCGCAGGCUCCUCUAUCUUUGGUUUCCUAACUAGGAGCACUCGGCCAGAGGAGCGGGCCGGUAUCUUUGCAGCCAUCAUGGCCUGUCGACAAGCUGGCCUCCUUGUCGGUCAGUUUCUCUCCCUUCAUCUUACCUCAUAGGGUGAGGUGUCAUCUCACCUCUCUGCACCUCCUCUAUCCUGUCAGAAAUAUCUGAGACAAGGACAGAUUUGGUGAUGUUAUCUUUGAAGUUCUGCUUUAACUCUGAGAAAGAGGCAUUCAAUAAAAACCUCUGAGGUGGAGGCUACUGUCUCCACACAUCCUCUUUUUAUUCCUUCUCCUCUUUAAAGCGUUUCCUCUUCUCUGUCUCUCCAGGGCCGGCGUUCAACCUGUUCCUGCGGCUGUGUGAUUUCAAACUGGGGCCCUUUGUUGUGAACAAAUACACGUCUCCUGGGGUAACAGCUUCCACAUAAUCAGUAAUCUAAGGUUCUCCGAAAGCCUUGUGAAUACAGAAACAAUCCCCAGGAAAAAGUUGCUCUAUAUUCUGCACUACUCCUUUCUCUUGCAUGUAUUUUUUUCUUUGUUCUGCUCAGAGGUAGAAGAAUACAAAAUGCCUGCAGCGAUACUCAGGCCGGUAACAACCUAGAUCGAUCUAUUUCCGUCUCAUGAGUCUUUGAAUAAAACACCUGUAGAACAGAUGAGGCUUAAAUGAGAAAGAACAAAGCCCCACACGCCUACUUCCAAUUUUUCUAUAUAAUUCGGCACAGCAUGUCUCUUUAUUUCACUCUGUGACUCUGCCAGAUUACUUUAUCUUUUAACUCUCUCAUCCUUAUAAUAAAUUCUUUAUCUCCUGAGAGUUUGCCUCGUUUGAAAAGAAAGAGAAUUAUUUAUGUUCAUAUACUAUAAAUACACAUGUAUAUACAAACAUACAUACUGUAUAUGUACAUUUCUGUCUUUGUCAGAUCUUCAUGUGCCUGCUGUGGGGGCUUCUCCAGUUUGUUGUCCUGGCAAUGUAUUGGGAUGUACCACCUGUCAUCUCAGAGGGUGGUGUUGUGUUAGUGGAGAUGAAACAAGAGGAAGGUGAUAAUGAAGAGGAGGCACCGCUGAUGGGGUCUGAUGAGGAGCCAGCACACACCUAUAGUGCUGUCAACUCUGAUGAGUUGGAGACUUCCACAGUGUCUGAGAUGCAGUCCUUCCAGGGUGCUUCAGCAGGUUCAGACCCCUUUAAGAACUUCAGUGCAAGCAGAGGUGAGUCAGAAAUACUGUAGUGAGCGCUGACAACCAGCUUCCCUUCUGCUCUGUUUGUAGGGUUCAGGGAAAAAGAGGCGUCACGGCCAAUACAUAUGUUUCCUACCUGCUAUAUCUAUUGAUUAUUUCAUGCUUGCACUUAUAUUUGCACAACUCACACAGUCACACACAACUGCUUACCUGCACAUGCACUGACACUCACCUACAUAUUUUAACAUGCACACAUACUUAUAUUGACAUGCAUGCAUCUUUAUCUUUAUAGAAGCUCACUUAUCCUUGCACACGCUUACUUUUUCAAUUCUACACAUUCAUGCGACAACCAUCCGUUUUUGCACACAAUUAUUCAUACACCCACACUUUCACCUGCAUAUACACACCUUUUAUUGCUCUAACACUCUUCCCUGCAUAAACACUGUUACUUGCACACAUACUUAUUACUGCACAUGCACUUUGCCCACUUCAGCCUUCAUACACACUUUUACAAGUGCAGACACUUUUGUUUGCACACAAUUUCAAUGCUCAAGGUCCCUCUGAGGAUUUCCAUGCAGUGUGUCAGAUCAGGUUCUCUCUGCAUUGAUUGCAUUUGUGUGUGUGUGUGUGGUUCUGCUGAACGUCCGCAUGUAAGUAUAUAUAUGUGAUGUCAGGUGUCUUAUUGGAUUAUGUUUACAUAGGAUGCAGACAGUGAUUGUGUGCCAUUAUUGAUUAGCUUCUCUGUACUUUGUUGCUCUGUGUGUUCGUGUUUUGAGAGUGUGUGUCAAUCCUCGGCAUCGAUUCUCUCACUCUUUGAAGAUGUGGCAAAAAGGGGAUGGAUGGCAGACUUCCUUUUUUAUUGACUGACUUGCUGUGGUUGACUCAUGGAUGAAAUGGAGACAGACUUGAUGAUGUGGCCAACAUUCCUCUUAUUGAUUCCUUUUUGUUGUGGAGAAAAUCUGCAGGAGGAGAAACUCUGGAGUCAAACCGUAGGAUGUCUGCAGCAGAACCUUUGUGCCGUUACACUGAACUCUUGAAUUAUUGAUCACCCUUGACUUUUUCUGUGUGAAUGAGGAGUCUUAAACACUCAGACAUAUCUUUCGCCAAGUUUUUUCAUUUCUAGCUGGGUAAGUGCAUCGCAAACAGAAGAAGAGGAUUUCUUGUGCGUUCUUGGUCAUUGAGGACAGACAUUUAGCAUGAAAUCACAGCAUGCAAACCAGCCAACAGCCAGUUAACUCCGAUUAACUUUAGAAGAUCCUUUCGGUUUCCAUAGAAAAAAAAAACCUGUUCAGAAGCUCCAUCAAGUCUCCAACAAUUACUCUGAGGAUGCUCUCAAAGUCAUCUUGGCUUAAAUGUAAGUUUUAGAUUCUGAUAUGUGACGGAACGCAUGAAUCACAAAUUCUGGAUCGGCAGAUGGUUGAGAACCUGGCAGGGUGUGUCUAAGUGAUAAAAGAUGCUUUUAUGGGGCUUGACUUGCAUUCGUGAGCAAAAUUCUGUCACUUCUGUAAAGUUUUUAAAGAUUUUUCCCUUGUCAGUGUCCCAUCAGAGCAGACAUGCAAAGACACGUCAACUUUGCAGAUAUGUGAUCUUGAAUGACAGUUUUUAAACCCCCUUCAACUCACCAAACAAACACCCUGGUUUAAAUUUGUCCAUACUAUAAAUACAAAACUGUACUGGCUAUGCAGUAGUUGAAGAAAAUUAAUUCAUAUAAAUAACAGAACAGAAAGAACUGGACCAUAGUAGAUCACGCUCUGUAAUAUCAAACCAUUCCUUCAGCCAUCUGGCACCUCCUUCCAAAUUUAGCUGCAGGCCCGGCUCAUUUUCUCCUCCUCUCCAAGUCCAUAAGGGAGUUUUUGUUCCAGGAAAAGCUGGUAUCAAAAUUUAGAAUUUCUCCUAUUUUUUCUUGUUAUCAUGUUUUGGACAUGACAAACAGGAAACACUGAUAUCUCGCUUAUCUGCGGCAAAAGUCAGUGUGUUGGACUCGGGGAUCAACCAGCCAGGAUGGUCACGCCAGCCUCUUCCAAUCUUAAGAUUACCACUUUUAGAUUUCAAGGUGUCCUUCCUCCUCAAACUUCUUUAUCUUAACCUGACUCACCGGUUGAAACUUCAGAUUUUAAGCUACUGCUUGAGCUUGUUUUAUGAUUCUCUCCCCUUCUUCAGUAUAUUUUUCUCUCCUUCUUUGUGUCUGUCUGUCUCUCCCUGCACAGAGUUCCUGCGAGAGGAGGUGGUUGUUCUGCUCACGGCUCAGUUCAUCACUCUCUUCAAUCAGACGGCGCUGGAGGUGAGAGCAGCUACCGUAGAGAUCCAUCAGCUGGAGUUUCCAAGCAUUUCACACAAUGUCACAGUAUUUUACCCCUAGCUUCAUUCAGCAGGCAUCUGUCUGAGCCGUACCUGAAAACCUUAUUCUGUAACGCUAAGUAGUAAUUACAAUAUGCUUGAACAACUAAUGGAUCAAGUGAACAUAAUCUAUCCGUUUGUCCCUGACGUGAAAAUAAGAGGCUGUCUUUCUUCUUAUUAAACAUGAGCUACACAGUCCUGACCUGGAUUUGGUAAUCAUCUCAGUUUCAAAACAGAACCAAUCUUUUGAUCUGGACUCAUUGAUGGACUUAAAAGCCGCUACUUUCAGCUCUAAUAAAAAUCUCCAUCUUCUCUAGCUGACCAUCUUUGCUCAAAUCUUUUUCACAAAAUUCCCCCAGACGAUGGUGACUCCUAUGACGCAACGCUAUUUUGGCUUUGGCGAGCUGGGCAACAGCCUGAUGUACAGCCUGUGCGGGGUAGAGGUCAUCCUGGGUUUCUUCUUCGUGCGCUGGCUCAGUGGGAAGGUGGCGGACCGCACCGUGCUGGCUAUCGGCCUGGUCAUCUGCUGUACCGCCUGUAUCUGGUGCCUCGUCUUCCUCUGCAACCCCCGAGGUGCUAACCUGUCCGGAAAAACAUGCAAAUACACUCCCGCAGACAUACACACACACUCACUCAAAAUGCCUCAUCUUACGCUGCCAAAUCCUUCUCUGUGGUGGUGUGUAAACGUAGGGCAGCCAUAUUGGGUUACACACAGGCUGAAUGCUCUGUAAAUGAUAUCACUCAGGCCAGCAGGAGAUCGUACAGGCACACUGGAUCCUGUAUGUUCAUGUUGGCCUGCGUCUGUUGCAGCUUGUCGCGUUUAUCGCUCUGAUUACAAGUGACAGGUGCUAGAGCAGGGGGGAGCCGGGUACAUAUAACAGGAUUACAGUAAUCUAAUUAGAGAAAAAUGCUUUUUGUUCAAGCAUAUCCUGCAUUUGUUUGCUAUUUGUUACAGUCAUAGUCUGAACAAACACACAAAGGGAGGCUGAUACCUGUGGAAAGAAAUGUUUUCCAAUAAGAAAUCUUUUAUUGCUAAUGUUGCGUUUUGAUUUUAGGAUUACAGACUCGCAGCUUUCAAAAAACAUCCAACAGUCUGAGUGGGCCCACAUUCACACAAACGUGUGCGUGAUGCAAAGCAGCAGAGAACAAAAAUCUGGUGUCUGCCAGUUUGGCAGUGGUUUGAGUUUCAGAUAGAGCUAUCUCUGGUGCUGCCAAACCAUUUGUGGAGGGAUCUUAAAAACUGACAGAAGAAGAGAUGGAUGAGUAAAGUAGGAUCUGUUGCUCACUUUGAAUCAUUAUCACUACAUAUUAGAAUAAAAAAGCAACAUUUUAUAUCAGCUAUAACAGAUCCUACAAUUUAUGGCUACUAUUAAGUGUAUGGGAGACUUUCUAAUUUAUUAUAGGCUCUUAAUCUGAUUGUUUAAUGAUAUGUAUCACAAAUUGUAAUUUUGUGCCCAACAACUGUAAUUUAGCCUCCUGGGAUAUAAUUUUUCCUCCUCUGCCAGGUGGUUACGGAUGGGAGCUGUCGGCCUUCAUCAUCGGGGUGUUUCUGCAGCUGCUGGGUCUUCCCUUCGUCGCCGUGUCUCAGGUGUCUCUCUUCUCCAAAGUGACUGCAGAGAAAACACAAGGUUGGCUCAUUUUACUCGGGCUCUGUUUGCACGGCUCAACAUAUUCAAACAACAGAUUGCUGCUCAGCAUAUGUGAAGCAAAUAAACAGUUUCAGCAUGCGGUGUUUCUGAGCCAUACUUUAGAGUUUGUAGAAGGAACAGUAACCUUUAGUUUUUUUUUCUGUUCUUCACCGAAAGGAUUCAGCCAAGGUGUUAGACGCUCAGUGGGGGGCCUUGCCACCAUCUUGGGCCCUUUGUGGGCAGGAGGUUUGACCAAUAAUUUGUACAUAAUGCUGGGCAUGAUGCUAGCUCUCCUCCUGAUGAUAUCAGUAAGUACAACACAGCUAAUUAAAUAUCUGAUUUCAUUAUUUUUACCUCUUUUGUGUCCAUGGAUUUUGAAUGUAAAAAGGGUCAGCAGUCAGUCAGCCUAGCAUAAAGAGCAGAUAUAGAGAGUAACCAGAUUUUCUUUACAAGAAGACGACUAAACAAAAAACAAAAUCUUGCUAGCUGACUGUGGAUAUGUUAGGGGAUUGAUACCAUGCUCAUGUUUAUUCACAACACCUUACACUACCGUUAGCUGCUGGUUAGCUUAGAAAAUACAGGAAACAAGGUAAAUCCAGCUCUACCCGAAUGAUACACUAGUCCCUCACAAGUAAUUUUUUACGCCCUGUUAUUUCUAUCUGUUUUCAUAUUAUGCACAUCCCUCUUUGCUGUGGUGCCAUGGCUUAAGGGAUGUUCCUGUGUAAAAUUAUAGGGUCAAACCCACUGUAACAUCAAGUUAGACAACCGAGAGAGUUGAAUGUCGAGAGAUAAAUGGCCGCUUGCUUCUCUAGUUAUACCAACUUUAGUAAUGAUGGCAUGAUAGCCAUACACAGCGGGACUCAGAACAGCACCUAACUUCAUCAACAGUACAUAUAGAGUCCCAGCCAUUGCACCAGCCACCAAACAUUUUUUUUAACUUUGCCUAAUUUCUUUAGCAAAGAGACUGAACACAACUCACCUACUCUCUCCCAGCAGCCGCUUGUUUGUAGCGAGACCUCGGGCCAGUCCAUCAUUGACUGCAGUGGGGUGACGCAGCUCAAGGAAGAACAUUUAUGAUCAUUUCUUUAUCAUUUCCAUGAAGCAAUAAUCAUCAUAUUAAUAGUUUUGCACUGCAGACGCAGUAGUUACUCUGCCUUAGUAUCUUGGUCUGAUUACAUUUCCAUGAAGAAAUGAUCAUAAAUGUUCUUCCUUGAGCUGCGUCACCCCACUGCAGUCAAUGAUGGACUGGCCUGAGGUCUCGCUGCAAACAAGCGGCUGCUGGAAGAGAGUAGGUGAGUUGUGUUUAGUCUCUUUACUAAAGAAAUUGGGCAAAGUUAAAAAGAUGUUUGAUGGCUAGUGCUGUGUCUAGGACCCUAUAUGUACUGUUGAUGAAGUUAGGUGCUGUUCUGAGCAUUAUUUGUGGCUAUAGAGUGGCUUUUUGGUUGAUGUUUGAGUGUGGCUCCUGAGACCGCUGUGUAUUGCUAUCCUGCAGUCGUUACUGAAGUUGGUAUAACUAGAGAAGCAAGCGGUCAGCAACAUUUACCUCUCGAGGGAGUGUUUAACUCAGUGUUAUAUUGUGUUUGACCCUAAACUAAUUUUACACCGGAAAAUCCCUUUAAUUCAGUCCCUCACCUUAAUUGGUAACACAUCAAAAUGUAACUUAAUUUUAAUCCAUACAGAGGACUUAGCAAAAACACAAGUUUUGUAUUCAGAAGGAACUUAUUUAGCCACUGCUUGGCUAAAACUCUGCUAGCUAUAGCUUCUUAUUAGGUUUUAGCCCCCUCACACCUGUACAGCUCACUUAUUCCGAAGCUCAGCUGCUUCCAGUAAGCUAAGCGAAUUAAGCUAACCUGCUGAUGAGUGUAAGUUUGUAUUAGCUGCUCAGAAAUAUGAGUGGUAUAAAUCUUCUGCCAAGAGUGGGAUAAAUCUUCUUAUCUAACUCUUGGCAGGGAGGCUAUUGAGAUGAUUGCCCAAAAUGUUAUACUACCACUGCUUCAAUUUCAAACUCUCCGGGAAAAGGAUUUGACAUACAUAGUUAAUGCUUCUUCUUCCCAGAGCUUCGUCUUCCCCCUUUAUCUCUGUGUGUACCUUCCUCAUUAGAAACUAGUCAAAGCUGUGGUACAAGACCCAGCUGGAGACUUUUUUUACACAUACUCAAACUGAAAAAACAGUAGAAAUCCUUACUUCAGCAGAUCUUAGCUUUUAUACAUCUCGGUCCUGUAUAUUCUCUUAAGACAUAUCACCAUGUAUAUUUUCUCAGGUUAUGACAGCUCUGUCCUACGAGCGGCUGACUGAGCCGAGGGCUGUGCAGAGCGCCCACAGCUGUGACAGCGGAGGGUAGAGCUUCAGUCUGUCUGAGGAGCCGUCGCACAGGCUCCAGAUGAACAGAGGGGACCGGCCUGCACUUCUAAAAGAAUCAGUACAAGUUUACAGCACAGGAAACUGUUUGAAAGUGGAAUAAAAAAAUGAUCAAACACACACUGUACCUCAGAACCUGCCUCAGAGGUGAGCACACUUCACAGGUAAAAUACUGUACCUUGUCAGAUUUCAUUAGAAUCCAUAUCACCAUCUCACUAUUAAUUAUAAUUCACACAAGGGGGCACCAUUGCUCUCGUAUUGAAUAUUCAGAGGUGUAAUUGAAGAUGAAAGCCAUUAUUUUUAAACAGGUCUAUUUAUAUUCCCAGGUGUUGAUGAAGAGAUGAAAGAGCAGGUUUUUCCAUGUGACCCGUGUAUCAAAUUUUCAUUUCUUGUCCUGAUUCUUUCUUCUUCUUCUACUUCCACUAAACAAAACUAAGUCUGUCGCUGACAAUGAAGUAGUUGACACAAUGAGUGCAGAAGUAGAGUUGUCAACAUCUGAGCAGCUGCGUGUCAGUGUGGCUGACAGAAGACGGGGGUCAAAGAGAGGGGAGCCAAACAGAUUUCAUGAUAUUUAUUUGUAGUGUUGGA